AUGUUCAUAGCCAUGACCAUGUAUUUGUUUCUCGGAUUGGAUGUGUUCGUCGUAGAAAGUAUGUCGGUGACCGCACAAAAAAUUUUCGAAGUUAUGGAUAGCGGCAGUGAUAAAAUAAUAUACCUGGUUGGCAAGAACACAAUUUAUUUUGGCUUCGCAAUUCUUCUUCUUCUCCUUUUAGCAUUAAUGUUUUAUAAAGUUGUCUGUCAAACUAUAUUUUAUGAACCCGAUAAUUCGACCACGGUCCCCCAGACGGACGAACAAAGACACGAACAGCAACCGCAGGAGUCGACCACCACCACCACCACCACCACCACCACCACCAACACCACCGCAACCAAACGAUUGAAAUCCAAACAGCAGCAGAACACCAGGGCCAACAAAGACGACAACCCGGAAACAGACGACUUGGUCAAUUCGAGUCCACAGAAUAGGAUUUCCAAGAAAUCGAAACCGUCGUCGGCGCCACCGUCGCCCGUAAAAAGUCGGAAAUCCGCCGCAGCCGCAGCGACUUCGGUCUCGGCUCCACCUGUAGAGCCAUCUGCAUCGGGGCAUGACAACUUUGUGAACGAUCUUGAAGUCCACCAUAACAACAACAACAACAACAAGGACGACGACGAAGACUGUAGCAACAAUGACGACGACGAGGACAAUAGUUAUCAGUACCAGUAUCAUAACCGGAACAAGAGGACCCGCCGUCCGUCGUCGUCGUCGUCAUCGUCGUCCACGUCCACUUCGUCGUCGUCUUCUUCGUCGUCGUCCGCCAAGAACGAAGCGGUCGUCGUCAAGCCGGGGCGUCAGUUGAACGGCGGUAGAAAGUCGUCGUCGCCGCCUGCAGUGGCGCCCAAAGUUGGCGUGGUCGGUAAAAAGAAACAGCAGCCGUCCCAAGAAUCCGCGGCGACACGAAACGGAUUGCAACUGGCUCAGGCGCGCUAUGAAAACUCGACCACGGUGGACCAUAGAAUCACUACAAAAGAGAAGAACGUCAAGAGAUCGACGGCUGAACUGACCAAUAAGAAGGAACAAUCAAGACUGCGGAACAUAGAAAAUGUAAAAUUUAUGGACUAUAAUGAGCAGAACAACAACUGCAGCAUCAUCCAGACAUAA